ACAUAGAAUCGUUACAUUCACAGAAUGUCCAGUCAGAACAAUUAAAAAUAUGGAACUGGUGGUGGUUCUGGAGAAUUUAAUGAUUUGUGAACAGUGUGGUGAAAGUUUUAAGAAAAAUAGUGAAUACAACAACCAUUUACAAACCCACAAAGUGUGCUCAGAUUUCGUUACAAAUAAUUAUUCUGAACCCCCAUUGAGUCCAAACUCGGGUGAAGAGUCAGAUGACCGCGACCAACGGCGUAACCUAGCUUCGACUUCGCAACUGACCCCACCCAAGGAUGAAGAAGGAAAAAAGAACUUCCGGAAGAGGCUCCUCGAUGUGACCGAGGGACCAAGUCCCAAAGGGAAAAACAAGUUCGUGUGCAAUAUUUGCGGAAAGAUAUUCUACUCUAAGUCCCAUUUCUAUGAACACAUUCAGCUUCACACGGGCAUCAAGAAAUUCGGAUGUCACAUUUGCGAAAAGAAGUUCGCUUGUGAGUCCUAUGUGACCAAACACAGGCUGAUCCACGCAGGGCAUAAGAAAUUCAAAUGCGACGUUUGCGGAAAAAGUUUCUGCGAUCGGUCAAAUCACGCCAGACACAAGAUGAUUCACACCGGGGAGAAGAAGUUCGAAUGCGGCGUUUGCGGGAAGAAGUUCGUGGACAGCUCCAAUCGUGCCAAACACGAGAAGCUGCAUGAUAAGAAUGGAGAGAACUGAAGAC